CGUGCUUGCGUGCAUCCAUCUGUGUCUGAGGAGCCGCCAUCAACGGUUCGCUGAAUGGUUUCUGCCCCUGGUAGAAACUAGCACCGUCGUUAUGUCCCGCUACCAGCGCCCCCCCAACACUUCUCUUUUCGUCAGAAAUGUGGCUGACUACACUAGAUCUGAAGAUUUAUGGCGUGAAUUUGGUCGUUAUGGUCCUAUAGUCGAUGUGUAUGUUCCACUUGACUUUUAUACUCGACGGCCAAGGGGAUUUGCUUAUGUUCAAUUUGAGUAUGUCCGCGAUGCUGAAGAUGCUUUACAAAAUUUGGACAGAAAAUGGAUUUGUGGUCGUCAAGUCGAAAUACAGUUUGCGGAGGGGGAUCGAAAAACACCAAAUCAAAUGAAAGCCAAGGAAGGGAGGAAUGUGUACCGUUCUUCACGCUAUGAUGAUUAUGACAGAUACAGACGUUCUAGAAGCCGAAGUUAUGAAAGGAGGCGAUCAAGAAGUCGGUCUUUUGAUUACAACUAUAGAAGAUCUUAUAGCCCUAGAAACAGUAGACCUAUUCGAAGACGACGGCGUAGCAGAAGCCAUUCUGACAGCGAUAGAUUCAAACACCGAAAUCGAUCUUCUUCAACAUCUACAUCCAAUUCAAGAUCACGGUCCAAGUCCAAGCCCAAGAGAGAAACAAAGGCUAAAUCACGUUCCAGGUCUGCAUCUCGCAGCAAAACUAGAGGCACCUCUAAAACUUAUUCCAAAACAAAGUCUGGCGCAAGAUAUGAAAAGGAAUCAGGGAAGAAAGAAAGACUUAGAUCCAAAUCUCAGUCAAGAUCACAGUCUAGAUCUAGGUCAAAAUCUAGAUCAAAGUCUUAGACUACUCCUAAGUCCAUUGGCCACUGAUGCUAUAAACCAUGAUAAAUUUUAGGCAUGUAUCAUUUAUUUACUCAUAGUUUGGUAUACUUAAAACAUUGGGAACAUAAUGUUGCAAUGAUGCAUAAAAAUACGUGUUAGUUUUCCCUGUACCUGGCAGUGGUUAUAAUUAAAAUGAUAUGCUGUUGAGAAGACAAACUUAA